UACUCAAAAUAGCAUGAUUUAACAUAUAAUUUCCUUUGUUAUAUUUUACAGGCUGGUGAUUCUCAAGUACAUUGUUUCAAUAUGUUAUGUCCCGGAUUUGUUAAUGUUAAUAAAGACGUACCUAUUGAUGACGUGCUUGAACCAAUAUCAAAAAGAGGAGGUCCAAUAUAUAUUCUAAGGUUCAGUAUAUUUAAGGAUCCGAAAGAUGGAAAUUGGUGGCUUACAUUGGGGAAGGAAAACACUUUACAAGGAUUUUGGCCUAAAGAGAUAUUCACUGGAUUGUCAAUGUUAGCAACUAAAGUCUCAUUUGGUGGAGAAGCUUAUGGCCCUGUGGAUCAACCUUUACCACCUAUGGGAAACGGCUACCUUGGUAUCGCAGACCCUAAAUAUGCUGCUUUUUGUAAUUCAAUUGUAGUGUUGGAUGAAAAUUUAAAGGAAGAUAAUGACCCUCAUGAGAUUGAAACUUAUACAGACGAUUCACAUUAUCGUGUCAUUGAUUAUGGAUGGACUAAUAGAUUUGGACGCAUCAUGUUCUAUGGUGGUACUAUUCCACAAUAA